AUGUUCAGUGUUCAUGACUGUGUUGACGCUGGGUCGAACCCCAGCACCACUGCAAUCUCCGUAAGCUCAGACAUUUAUAUGUACGAGGUAGAUAAUCACUACGCCACUACGUACCCAAUUGGCAAUUACAGACCCUACGUGAGUCCAGUACGGACAAAGACGUCUAGAAUCAGGGAGUGCUGUCAGCGAGGGCUUCGACAGGUCAAAGGCACUCUCUACCAGUACAUCGCCACCCUGCCGUUCAUGCCACCCCCUGGCCAACAGAAGCGGGUGAGCGAAGCCUCUUACCCCUCCAUGUCCUGCCACACGACGACCUUCGGGCCAAGCGGCCCGAUGGAUGUCACCGUACUGCUUCCUUCAACAUUCUUCAUCAAUGCUUUUCGUCCGUGGAACUUCUGCACCCAUCAGACUGGGGGUCCUGUGGCAUCCGCGGCCAACAUAAACAGCCUUCAAACUUCCCAUAUCCUGAAAACCCACCAAAUUUGCCCCGCAGUCUCGGAGACGAAUCAGGCACCACUCCAAACUAUAUAUAAGAGGCUAGAACAUAUCUACUAUCGCGUCUUUAAUGCAUACAAGCCGCCUACCCUUCUCCCUGAAACACCGUCUUCUAUUCGCAUCACUCUUGUUAUUGCCACCCCAUUAAUGCCUUUCGCAGCCCUAAAUAUUUUCUUCUUGCCUCCUUCUUUAGGAUACUCUGCGUCUCUAAUAUAUAACAGCCUUGAAAACAACACUUCUGCCCAUUCCCAUUCUGGAUACGCGAACAUCGGAAUUCUAGCGGGAAAUCAGUGGCGCAAAUUUGGGGUGGAUGCCGCUGAGGCAAUGGUGAAUAAUAGGGUUGUAAAUGCCUUUGCCACUAUCGCGAAAGCCUUCUUGGAAUCGGGUCUGGAAUAUAGACGAGGAGAGGUCGAAAUAUGGCGCGAUCCGGGGCAUGACUGUGGGAUUGCGAUUGGCAAUUUAGUCGCGAGAAUACAAAAUAGAGGGAAGAUUACGGUGAAUAAACUGUAUACUGUGAAGCUGAUCAUCAACAGGCAACUUGAACAGCCUUUGAACCCCAAAUACGCCUUACUGUCUCUAAAGCGAACCAGUCAGCACUCUAAACCGCUAACAGAACGCUACAACUUCAUCCAGAGGCGCAGGGUUACCCCUAAGAGUCCGCCUAAGGUGCCUCCUUGGAGAUAUUACCCUGAUUUUGAGGCUGCCGACGGCAUAAUUAAAAGUCAUAAAUGUCUAGUCGGCGAGCAUGACUUUGUAACUGCGCGGACCUGA